CCCAUGAAAUGGCAGCCUGGCGAAAAAAUUCUCAAUAUUUUUCUCAUUUUGACGUGGCAGCUACUAUCUAACUGUGUCCAUAGUGUUUUCACCAAUUCGUCCUAAAUACUCAGAAUCCCGCCAACAUAAAAUGAUGCCGAAAAUAUGCAUAUUGGUCCUCAGUGGCUUCCCAGCAAGUGGGAAAACCACCCUUGCCAAAGGCCUCUGUGAACAUUUAUCCCUCCGAUGUCCAGAAUAUGUUACAUACCAUGUUUGUUAUGAUGCUAUACUGUCCACUGAUGUUGAACAAAAGCUCCUGGAGAUCACUGGAAAAGUUGAUUCAUCGAAGCCCUCCCAGUGGAAAGAAUAUCGGAAGAAAAUUGUAAAAUGUGUCGACCACCUCAUCACUAUGCGGCAGGGAGUGGAGAUGGACAUCUUUGAUUUGAAUUUUAUUGACAUUGAUUACCUUGUUAUGGAAAAGUUCCGUAAAUUCAUCGGUCUGGAAAUUGAAGCAAUGGAUCCGAAUCGGAUGAUGGAAGUUGAUGGUGAAGAUCCAGAUAACGAGAAUAAAUACCUCAUAUUGAUCGAUGACAACAUGUACUACAGAAGCAUGCGUUAUGAGUACUAUCAGAUGGCUAAGAAGUACAAAUGUGGAUUUGCCCAAUUAUGUCUUCAAUGUUCCAUAGAGACGACACUUCGACGCAACAUACAGCGGACUAUGAGAGUUCCAGAUGACGUCAUUAUCAACAUGGCAUCAAGGUUUGAGCCACCUGAUCCAACCUCCAACUCCUGGGAGUCCAACUCUAUGCUGUGGGACUCUGAUAUGGGAGGGAAUUUAUGGGAUGUACUCUACCUCAUUGAACGUGCCAUGGAGAACCCCGUGCUUCCGCCUCCUGCAGAGAAUUCAGACACCAAACUUGUAGCCCAGGCGAUCUGUUCGACGAAUCUUCUUCACCAGAGUGACCAGGUCUUGCGGAAACUUGUAUCAAUCAAAAUGUCCCAGGCAAAGGAUUCUGGUCAACUCACAAAGAACGACAUGAAAUCGCUUGCCUCGAGUUUGAACCACAUGCGAAGCAAACUUCUCGACGAACUGAAGGCUGGGAAGAUCUUGAUCCCAGAUGGUUGUAGUCAAACAAAGGACGCCAGCAAGAAUCCGAAUAGUCUUCUCUUCCGCUACUUGACAGAUAUCUUUGGUCACUGGCAAGGAAGAUAAUGGAGGAGCGCUUCUUGCCGUCAAAGUUUGUUUUGACAGAAUGGUACAUCAAGAUAGUUGUGGUUUUGUCUUGAAAGCUGGUCGCAGCUAUGGAGGAAUGGAAGGUUCCUGCUGUGGAGUGAUUCUGAACUGAUUCCCACAAGCUUGGGGCAAAAUGAGUAUGGAGUUAGUAGGCAUUGCCAAUUGAUGAUGCCUCUUGUCAUCAUGUUAUAUGUUUUUUUUGGCGAGUUGCUAUGCUAGUAGUAGUACUCCAGUAAGUAGUUUAAGUGUUGUCAGUUCUAAGUACUUAAAUGCGCUAUUUGCUUUCCAAAGGUUCAAUACAAAAGUUUCUUGUAAUUUUUGAAGAAUUCUUGAAGAACAGACCAGUCACUAUUUCUUUGCGAUGUAGCUUCCAGUUUUCACUUGUGGCUUCGGAUUCAGACCUGCCAAUUUGGAAAUGUUAUUGUCGACGUUCUGUUGAAAGCAUAUUGUUAUAGCACAGUCGAACCAAUAAUAGGUAUUACACAAAAAAGCUAAGGGAAAACAGAUUUCGUGCACUGGUAUUUCAAGUGUUGAACUUGGUGAAGUUGCUUUGUGGAUGACUUCUGUCCUCUUUCUUCCUUUCAACUUCUAAGUUGAAACUUAGGGAAUACUUAUUUUCAAACCAAAAUAUCAAUGUUUGUUUGCUUAUUUUGUGAUUGGUCUGUUUUUCUUGCUCAGCUUUGAUUUCAUCUCCGUUGGAGACAAAGACUUGCUCUUGAAAGUUGAGGCAGAAAAUACUCUGCCCAACGAAAUUGUGCCAAAGUUGAUUGUAUGUAAUUAAUAAUGUAACCGUUGCUAAAGAAUCCAAUAACUGCCAAUACGUGUAUUUGAAGUUGAACAAAAUCCAGAAAGGUUUCACUUCCAGUUUGAAAGUUGUGUAAGAUGUAUUAUUUUUUAAGUUGUUUGCAGUGCAAACUAAUUGCACAGCUCUGAGACAUUUCAAUUUGGCCAGAUUUUUGGUUCCGCACGAAGCGAGUUCAGCUUUCCAGUUUUUAUUUUGGGAUUAUGUUAUUUGUUUGAAAUGUCCUUUAAAGAUGUCUCAUUGAGGGCAUUGUUUACAAACUAUUGUUUUAUUCAAAAAGGAUAUGUCAAAUUGUUCGAUAGACGCGAUCAGAUAAUUUAAGAGGGAAAUAAAAUGAUUGAUUGUCGACGAAGAGAUAUCUGUACAUGUUUCUAGUCAAGUUAUACCACUAUUAUAGGUAUAUCAGCACAGUUUAUCAAAAAAGUGACGAAUACAUAAUGAAACUGUGGAAAAAUUUAUGAAAAAGAAUCAUAGAGGCCUACUGAAAAUUUGCAACUUGUUGAAACCUUAACCCAUUUGCAAAAGGUUUAUUUUUUCCGUCCCUCGUUUAAAUCUAGAAAAAGCCAACACCCCCAAAUGAAUGUUUUUACUGCCUUUAUGUUGGAUUCCAUAACGCUUUAUUUAUUUUUUUCCAUGACAGAUUAUUUAGUUAUUUGAAUACUGCUUAUUUUAGUUGGAUUUGAAGCUUCUCAGUUACACUCAAUUGGGGGGGGG